AUGAUCUUGUCAACGGCUGGUUUGCUGGGAAUCAUGGGAACGAAAAGGCUGGCGUCAGAGAUUGAAGCCCCCCCCAGCAGAGCAGCAUCAAACAAGAUUGAUCACUGCGAUCACUGCGAUCACUGCGAUCACUGCGAUCACUGCGAUCAUUUGGGCACAAGUGCGAGUCCAGGACAAUCUCCCGACCCUCUCUUUGGGCCGGACGGAGCACAAUAG